AUGAGUGGCUGUGGUGGUAUCCUGAUCCGCGGCGGUACGGUGGUGAAUGAGAACAGCUCGGUGCUGGCCGAUGUCUAUAUUGAUUGCGGGCUGAUCCAGGCAGUGGGCUGUCAACUGUCCCAUCCCAAGGGGUGUCGAGUAAUUGAUGCCACUGGUAAACUGGUGCUGCCCGGGGGCAUCGACAGCCACACACACAUGCAGUUCCCCUUCAUGGGGUACCAAGCUGUCGACGAUUUUUAUCAUGGAACCAAGGCUGCUGUGGCUGGAGGCACCACCAUGAUAUUGGACUUUGUGAUACCCAACAAAGGUGAAUCUUUGUUGGCAGCGUAUGAGAAAUGGCGAAGUUGGGCAGAUCCUAAAGUCUGUUGUGAUUAUUCAUUCCAUGUGGCAGUGACCUGGUGGAGUGAAAAGGUUAAAGAUGAAAUGGAAAUUCUCGUCAAAAAGAGAGGUGUAAAUUCCUUUAAAAUGUUCAUGGCAUAUAAAGGUGUCUUUAUGCUUCAAGAUGAUGAGCUAUACUCUGUUUUCAGCCGAUGUAAGAAACUGGGAGCAAUUGCUCAGGUUCAUGCUGAGAACGGACACUUAAUAGCAGAGGGUGCGAAAAAGUUACUGUCUCAGGGAAUCACUGGACCUGAAGGUCACGAACUUUGUCGACCUGAACAGGUGGAGGCUGAAGCCACACUAAGGGCGAUUACUAUAGCCAAUUGCAUUAAUUGUCCACUUUAUAUUGUCCACGUAAUGAGUAAAUCUGCUGCUAAUGUGAUUGUCAAUGCACGGAGAGAAGGCAAGGUUGUUUUUGGGGAACCCAUUGCAGCCAGUCUUGGGACAGAUGGAACUCAUUAUUGGGACAAAGACUGGCGCAAAGCUGCAGGAUACGUUAUGGGACCUCCGUUAAGACCUGAUCCCACAACACCCGGAUAUCUCAUGGACCUACUAGCCAAUGGUGACCUUACUUUGACAGGAACGGACAACUGUACAUUUAAUGGCUGCCAGAAAGCUUUUGGAAAAGAUGAUUUUACGAAGAUCCCAAACGGGGUGAAUGGUGUGGAGGACAGAAUGUCCAUCAUUUGGGAGAAAGGAGUGCACAGUGGUAAAAUGGAUGAGAAUAGGUUUGUGGCAGUGACCAGCACCAAUGCAGCAAAGAUCUUCAAUCUAUACCCUAAGAAGGGAAUAAUAGCCAAAGGCUCGGAUGCUGACAUUGUAAUCUGGGACCCACAUGCUGUUAGAACUAUUUCAGCCAAAACACAUCACCAGGUAGUAGACUUCAACAUUUUCGAAGGAAUGGUGUGCCAUGGGGUCCCUUUGGUUACUAUUUCACGAGGUAAAGUGGUGUAUGAAGAUGGAACUUUGCUCGUUGUGCCAGGGAGUGGGAAAUAUAUUCCUCGAAAACCCUUCGCAGACUAUGUCUUCAAGAGAAUCAAACAGCGUGAUGAGGUUUGUCUGCCUACAGCAGUACAGAGGGAGCCAUACCAAGGAGAAGUAAUGUCACCAUCUCUAACUACCACAUCCCACCAUGGUGGAAAGCAGUCAUGUCAUUGA